CGUACCGUAGAAAACAGGUUUUAUACUAUGUUGAACAUCCGGUUUAUUUCGCGGGACAUGAGAUUAUCUAAAAAUUUGGAGAUAUGAAGCCAAAUGAGAAAGUGGAAAUUUUCCCAGGUAAUGUGAAGUAUGGAGGUAGCUCAGGAUGUAUUGGCUCUAUGAAGUGGAAAAGUGGUGCUAUUGUGAUUGAUAAAGAUGACAAGAUAGGCUGGUCGAUCAAAAUGAAGUUAGACUGUUCAGAAUCAUCCAUCUUAAACUAUCCACUGAAUGUGGACACGUUGAAGAAGUAUGUUUGUAAGGAUACAAUAUUGAUAGACGUGACGAGAAAUAAACAUGACAAAGACCUGAUCUCCUUCUACCUGAAGACACCUGAUAAACGUGUAGCUAAACAGAUAGAGGCACUGUGUAAAGAAGUCAUGACAAAGAAGCAUACGCAAGUAAACAAUUCUGAGGUUUGUGUGAAUACAACACCAGCAAAGACAGGACUUUUUACACACAUCGGCAAUUCACCACCUGCAAUGAAAAUUGAAAAAGAAAAUUACUCACAAAAUUUUACAAGCAUGAAGUCACAUAAAAAAGAUUCAAUGGAUAUAGAAGGGAAAGAAAAUCUGAUAAAAUCGUGUUCAAAAUCAAGUGAUCAGUUUCUACAGAGAAGUUCCGACAAGAGCCGUCAAUGCCUGGGACCACUAUCUUCAUCAUUCUAUGGGAAAUCUGCGGCACAGCCACAGUUAUGUAGCACACCUAAAUGGCUGAACAGCAAACGAGCGCCAGGUCUCAUGCCAGACCCAACUCCUAUAAAGAGGGCCAGACUUUUGGACAGUAGUAUAUCAUACAGUAUGAAAAUGAAGCCCACACAACCCACCGAUACCAACCAGCAACAGGCUUUACAAGGGUUCUCCAACUUAGGUAAUACAUGUUACAUGAAUGCCAUCCUCCAGUCGUUGUUUUGUCUCGAGACAUUCUCAACGGAUCUAAUGUCCAGCAAAAAGUUUGUGAAAACACUUCAGCAACAUUCACUAUAUUAUGCUCUAGUCAAAUUAUUAUUUGUGAAAAGACAGUUGAAUGCCAGUGAUAUUUCACGAAGAGAGGCAUUAAGACGUGUUAAAAGUGCAAUAUCGACCACAGCCAAAAGGUUCUCCGGUUAUGGACAGCAUGAUGCCCAUGAGUUUCUAGGGCAGGUGCUUGAUCAGCUGAAAGAGGAGGUGAUAAAAGCAUCUAGGGGAACGCCCACACCAAAUAAGGAGAAUGAAGGCGGAGCUGAGAACAAGGCAGAGGCUGUCCAACCUUUCAAUGGCAAUAAUCCAAUCACUGUCAACUUUGAAUUUGAAGUCCUACAUACAUUAACCUGUUUACAGUGUGGAGAGGAAGUGACAAAAACCGAACAGUUUCAUGACAUAUCUCUGGAUGUGCCAAAGAGAAAAGAUUUAAUGACGCCCAGAUCACUCCAAGAUGCCUUAAGUUUAUUCUUCAAAAGUGAACAGAUAGAGUACACUUGUGAAAAAUGUGGUCACGGGAAGUCUGAUGUCACUCAUCAAAUCACUCGUCUACCAAGGGUGUUUAUUCUACAUCUAAAGCGCUACAGUUAUAAUCAGGUGUUUUCAAAACAUACCAAGAUGGGACAGAAUGUGUCUGUUCCUAUGUUCCUUACCAUGCAGAAUCACUGUACAGAGGAAACACAACCUGCCUUCCCUCACACAUUGAUGGACAUCUCUCAAAGUAAUAACAAGAUAAAUGGAAGUGUGUUGGACGAUUCAAAGGAAGAACUUCCCAGUAGAAGAAAAUUGGAGUAUUCAGGAUAUCAGUUUAAGAGCAAAUCUACCUCAACUGAUUUAUUUAACAAAUCAAAAGAGAAUGGGUCCCAGUUUACAGAAACUAAAGAAAAGAAAGAAGAAGGAGACCAUGUUCUAACAUUAGAGGACGAGGAGGAUCAGGAACUUAGUCGAGCCAUUGAAAUGAGUCUAAAAGAACAAGAGGAAAAAGAUCAGAUGUGUCGAGACUACGGGGAAGACUCUACGACCAAUUUUGAGAGAGUUUUAGAACUUAGUCGUCAGGAACGUAAAUCAGAUGUCUCAAAAGUUAAAAAUGUAAAUCAAAUGACAGAAGACGAGAUGAUACAGCUUGCAAUAGAACAAAGUCUCAUGGAUUCUGAUCCAUAUAGUCAUGGUAACAACACACAUACUGAUGACAUCACAGAAAACGGUGAUCACAUGUACACAAGAAACAAAGAUGUACACAAAGAUGAUCAUUCAUACACAGAAAGUUUUGACAUUGGCCCUGAAGAUGAUGAACAAUGUAAAAGAGACCGAUUGUCUGUCAAAACUCACAAAACUUACGAAAGACGCAGACACAAAUCAGAAAGUGACUUUGAUACAAAAUGUGAAUCAAAAUCGAAGAAACCCUUGACAGAAAGUACCAGAAAUAAAGAAAAAUUGUCUAAGUCCAUGUUUGAACAUGAUUAUAUUGAAAUAAAUUCAAGUGUAAGUGGUGAUGAGGUUGAGAAUGAUAAUAAUAAGUGUGACGCUGAUGAUAGUGAUAAUAAUAAUGAUUGUAAUCAACAUUGUUCGAAUAUCGGUAGUGAAAAUAACCAAGGAAAUUCGGCACAGAGGCGUGCUAGUAACUGGGGAAAUAGGCUCAAUAAUCUGUCCCAUCAGCUCAGUGACGAUGAGUCAGUUAAUAGUAAUGACCUUUUGUGUACGGAAGAAAUUCCCGAUGACCUGGAGUUUGAAAGUGACAAAUGCAAGGUAAAAGUGAAGUUCCCAGGUAAAGUGUAUGAACUCCAUGACAUUGAGGCUUUAGCCGAGGACGAAUGCAACAAAUACAUGAGAUCAAAUGGUGUCCAUGCCGAUGAUGGAUUAAAUCGGACUAUAUCGGAAAAGUUUGACGACAAAAAUGACAUAAUUGUUAUUGGUGCUAAUGAUGAUUGUAAUGAGGAUAGAAAAGUUGGAGAGCAGGGCUAUGAUUUACAUAGGGACUGUCAGUUAACAAGCAAGGGAGAUAAUGAGCAGAAAGAGUUGCCUGCAAAUGUUGAUGUUGAUGAAUUUGUGUUUGAGGCUGAGGAGGAAGAUGAUUCCUGGUUGCUGAUGGCUGAAGACAAGGAAAACAAAGUGCCUUUAACAGAGAAACCCAAAUUAUCUGAUCCUUCCGAAUUUGCCAUGGAUGUUACAGAAAAAUCUACAGACGAAGUAGACGCAUACAUUGAGGAAAAUAUAGAAAUACCAGAUAUUGUUAAUGAGAAAGGAGAUUUGCCUUAUUCCUACAAACUAGUCAGUAUUGUCAACCACAUGGGCCUGUCCUCUGCAACAGGUCAUUACCUGAGUGAUGUGUAUGACAUGAAGAAGAGAUCGUGGUAUAGUUUUGAUGACUCUCAUGUUACAAAGAUCACUGAACAAGAGGUGAAAACAAAACGUGAAAGAAGUGGAUACAUCUUUUUCUAUAUGAGCAAGGACAUAUUUGAUGAUUUAGCUCUACAACAUGCAGUGAACUCUACAAGUAAAAAGACUGCAUGACACAGAUGUUAAUGUAUUGAAAGAUAAAUGAACAGACAUGUAAAAAAAAGCUUGCCUUGAAUGAUGAAUAAACAGAGAUGUAAAAAAAGAAUUGCCUUGAAAGAUGAAUAAACAGAG